AUGCUGCAGGGAGUCUUAGUGGGGAAGGUCAAUCUCGACAAUGCCGGGUUUCCCUCCACAAUCAAGUUGUCAACCCGUCCCACGCCCAUCUCUGUGCCGGACAAGUCAACAACCCGCUCGCCUUCCCCGGCGCCGUUGAACGGGGCGGCGUGGCUGCGAGCAGUUGACCUAUUCGAGACACUUGUUAGAGUCUUUACCUGCUCCGUAUCUUCGAUUCCCAUCUUCAUGUCCUUCUUCAGCCCUACCUCUGCUGGUCAACCGCCUGACUUCAUCCCGUUUCCCAUUUAUUUGGCUCUUCCCAGGUCCAACGCCCCGAGCAAGGCAAUUCAUCAGCGAGUGCGAGUGCAACCUACCAAACUCUCGGUACACGAUGAUCACUGA